AUGAUGGGCCCCCCAUCCGGUUGUAAUGGACCACUGGAUAGUUUACAGAGUCGUCGUGGCGCUCAACAAAGCAUCGAUGGGACUAAUAUGGAUGCCUCUAUGCAAUUUAACUCACUACUAAGCCAACCGUUGGACUUGGACACCUGUGACAACCCCAUUCCAUCCACGUUUGAUCCUAUAUUCUCCGCAUCGGACUUUGGCUUUGUCGAUGUGAACGCUCCCGCAAUUGAGAGUAGGCGUACGCCAAUCCAUCAGGCUGCUCAGAACGGACAUCUGAAGGUCGUCGAACUGCUCCUGGAACACGGGGCUAUGGCAGAUCCAAUCGAUUCUGAUCAUAUAACACCUCUCUGGAGCGCUGCUCAAGAGGGGCACUAUGAUAUUUGCAAACUGCUUCUGGAAAAUGAUGUGGCGAUCGAGGUCGAAUCUUCUGAUGCAGCUCGCCGUCCGAUGCAUCAGGCAGCUCAAUGUGGGCAUCUGAGAAUCGUUGAGCUGCUAUUGUCUUACGGGGCAGCCCCCGACCCGACAGACAAUUCCGGUAUAACUCCCCUUUGGAGCGCAGCACAACAGGGCCACGCCAAGAUCGUACGUCGGCUGCUGGAGGCAGACGCAAGGGUUGACGUGACUUCAUAUGACGGAUCCCGACAGCCAAUUCACCAAGCGGCCCAAAAUGGUCACCUUGAAACCGUGCAGGUUCUUCUAGAUUUCGGUGCGAAGGCUACACCAGAGGAGGACAGUUUUGACGACACGACUCCUUCGCCGUUUUGGCUGGCUUGUGGCUCGACGAAUGGCAAUACCGACAUUGUCAAGCUGUUUCUUCAUCAUGGAGCAGAUGUAAAUUUCUCCGUGGCAAGCUCGGGAAAGAAGCCGCUCCACGCAGCGGCAUACAGGGGUCACGUCGACAUCACGCGACUUCUUAUCGAGAGAGGAUGCAAUGUCGAUGCCAAAGAGGAUGACGGCUGGACGGCAUUGAUGUUGGCCUCACAGGAGGAGAAAAGCGCGAAUGUGAACGCAGAAGAGAAAGAUGGGGCAACGUCUCUGUGGAUAGCGUCUCAGCAGGGGCACACUGAGAUUCAACUACCCACCAGGUCUGCGCAGAGACGGCCGAUCCACCAAGCCGCUCAGAAUGGACACCUAUCUGUCUUACAGAUGCUGUUGAAGGCGGCUCCAGAAGAUAUCAACGCCGAGGAUAAGAAUGGGGCGACGCCUCUAUUACUCGCUGCACAGGAGAACCAGCCGAGAUAUCUGGCCAUAAUGAACCAUCUGAUUUCAAUGGGGGCUAAAGCCUCGGUCUAG